UAUAUCUACUAACAUCAGAUAUUUGUAACGAAAAAUGGAUGACUUUUCAAGUACGAUAUCCUGAUCCUGGGACAUUAGAAAUUCGCACGCAGUUAGUUGAAUUAAUUAAUAUCGAUGCUAAAGAUUCCAGCGCAGAUAAAUUGUUUAACUCAUUUAAAAAUAAAAUGUACAAAUUUAAGGUGCCAUUUUCUAAUAUUAUUGCUCUGUCAUGCGACAAUGCGUCUGUCAUGACAGGGAAACAUGUAUCAUUCCAAAAAAAAUUGGAAAAAGUAUGUCCACAUUUAUUAACAUUUCCAUGUCCUUGCCAUUCCGCUGCGUUAGCAGCGCAUGCUGCAAGUGAUAAAAUACCUGAGGUUUGCGAUCGAUUCACUAAAAUUAUAGUUACUUACAUAAACAGUAGUCUAAAACGUUUAGCAGUUUUUAGGGAAUUUUGUGAAUGUUUCGAAGGAAAAACUUUAAAAUUAUUAAAAUUAUCCGAUACACGUUGGCUUCCUCACCAUGCAUGUGUUGAAAGACUUCUGAAAUAUUGGGAUACGAUAAAAAAUUUUCUACAGGAAGCAGUUGUAAGCGAAAAAACAAAGUCCGCGGAAAAUUUAUUGUCUAUAAUGAACAAUGUAGAGACAAAAGCGUAUUUCCUGUUUUUAGAAUAUGUUUUAAACUUCUUUAACCAAUUUAAUGCAUAUUUUCAAGCAUCACAAACGCGAAUUCAUGUACUGCAAUCAAAAUGUUUACAAUUCCUUUAUAACAUUUGCCGACAUUUUUUAAAAGCUGAGCAUUUAAAACCUUUCUCAAUAAAUAUAACAUUCUCUCUAAAAGAGAAUCAAAAAAAUCUUAAUGAAAUUGAUUUAGGAUAUGAUUGCGAAGAAUACCUUAACGAAUUAGAAACGAAAGGACACGAAGACAUAGUUACAACUGUUCGAUAA